UAUUAUAAUUUUCAAAAAGUUAACAAAAAAAAGGAAUAAACAAGAGAGAGAGAGAGAAAUAGAAUUGUUCCUCCAAAUUUUUUUAUUUUUUAAACUUGAGCCUCUGAGAAACCAAAGCUUCACUCUGAUUCGCAAAGCGAAUCCAAGAGACUACAUAGAUAAAACCCGAAGAACAGAACACAGCUCCGAGGGCUUGUAAAUUUUAUUUAUCUUCUCUCCUUAAUCCAAUCUCAUGGAACUAUGAACAAAUCGAGAUCGAAGAUUUCGCUGUUUUGAGUUUCCGGAUUCCCAAAGUCGAAGACUUUAAUCCGAUUCCAAAGCUUUUUCGAAAGACAUGUUGGAAGAACGAUCACCAGAUUCGUGUUUGAGUUCAAGGCUCUUCUCAACCUCUCGCAUCUCUGAAUCAUCCUGGUCCAACUCUUUCAUGUUUCCAGAUCAUGAUGAUAAGCUCAGCAAUGGCAAACGAGCUUUGGAGGUUGCUAGCGAGAUCAGACCCACCAAGUCACUCAAACUAAUGGGGUUCUCGAUUCAGUACGAUAGCGAUUCUUCUGACUAUUCAGGGACCAGUCAAGAGUCUGAUUCUAACAACAACGGUGGUGAUUCCACAGAUUCUCAUUCUCUGUUCAACGAGAUUGGUCGUGACAACUCCAUAGACUGUCUGAUCCGCUGCUCACGGUCUGACUACGGCUCCAUUGCUUCCUUAAGUCGAAAUUUUCGUUCUUUGGUGAAGAGUGGAGAGAUCUAUAGACUAAGGAGACAGAACGGGUUCGUGGAGCAUUGGGUUUACUUCUCUUGCCAGCCCUUGGAAUGGGUCGCGUUCGACCCCGUCGAGAGGAGGUGGAUGCAGCUGCCUACAAUGCCUUCUAGUGUCACCUUCAUGGGUGCAGAUAAAGAGUCUCUAGCUGUGGGGACGGAUCUGCUCGUCUUAGGGCAAGCUGGUUUCUCCUCGUAUGUUAUAUAUAGAUACAGCCUUCUAACCAACUCUUGGUCUUCCGGUAUGGAGAUGAACUCUCCUAGAUGCUUGUUUGGUUCCGCCAGCCUCGGUGAGAUUGCUAUAUUUGCAGGUGGGAUUGAUUCUCAGAGGAAGAUUCUUGACUCCGCUGAGAUGUAUAACUCCGAGCUUCAAACCUGGACGACUCUUCCUAGGAUGAACAAGCCUAGGAAGAUGUGUUCAGGCGUCUUCAUGGACGGGAAGUUCUAUGUGAUCGGCGGCAUCGGGGGUGCCGAUUCCAAACUCUUGACUUGCGGCGAAGAGUAUGACUUGGACACCAAGAAAUGGACUCAUAUCCCUGACUUGUCUCCUCCGAGGAGCCGCGCUGAUGUGUCAUCAGCCAACGACGCGCCUCCUCUUGUUGCUGUUGUGAAUAACCAGCUGUACGCUGCUGAUCACGCGGAUAUGGAAGUGAGGAAGUAUGAUAAGGAGAAGAAGAGGUGGUUGACUGUUGGGAGAUUGCCCGAGAGAGCUGGCUCAGUUAACGGAUGGGGGCUUGCUUUUAGAGCGUGCGGGGAGAGGUUGAUCGUUAUAGGUGGGCCGAGGAACUCGGGAGGUGGGUUUAUAGAGCUGAACUCUUGGAUACCGAGUGACGGUGGUGGUCCACCGCAGUGGACGUUGCUUGAUAGGAAACAUUCUCCUAACUUUGUGUACAAUUGCGCAGUGAUGGGUUGCUGAAACAACACACAUUUGAUAAUAUUACUCUCUCCAUUUGAAAAGACUCCAUUGAAGGUUCCAAGCUCCAACCUUUAUGCUACUUCUUAUUCUUGUUCCAUAUUUUGUUUUUCUUACAAAAAAAAUUCGAUUUGAAUACAACCAUCUCUGUAUUGUUAGAGACAAGUCUCAAAAGAGGAAAGAAACUGAAACAGGUUAUAAUAAGUUGGUUAAAAGGUUGAAGCUUUUUUAGAGGUUGCCAGAUGUGGUUAACAUUGUUGUAUGUGUUUUAAUCUAUUUGUUUUAUAAUAAUCUACUUUUGAAUCUUCUUAUGUUUUUGUAACACCAUCUUUUGGUCUUUGUUCAUAUAGUUUUUGCUUUU